GUUUUGUUAAUACUGGAAGUACACCUUCAGAGAGUUGUCCCAUGGUUUCACUCAAGUAUACUCUUACAAGCUCCAAAAGGACAUUACGUGGAACUGAAUUUCACCAUGGAGAGUUCAUAUCUAACACCCUGCAUUGAUGAUAAGUACCUUGAGGUUCGUGAUGGAUACAACAAGUCUGCCAAUCUUCUUGGUGUAUUUUGUGGAAGGAACAUCUCUGUUAUUGUGCGAUCCAGAGGACAGAACUUGUGGAUCAGAAAAUCAGCCCAUAAUUUUAGCAGGUUUCGGGGCUCGUACACCAACAAAACACUGAACUUUACAGGUAUUGUCCUCUGAAAUUACCAACUGAAACAAUUCUAAGGUGUUUCUAAGUUGUUGUAACACGGAUGGAAUAGAUGGCAAUUACGAGUACUGCAACUCAUUUGGUAAUUUCAUUUAUUUGUUUUCUUCCAGUUGAACCCAACCUAGACAAGGUGGCCAAAACUCAAUUUGUUAUUUUCAACCAAACUUCAUCUCUUUGGUGUCCAGCACAAGGUGCACCAGCACCAUCUAUAGUUUGGAGAAAGAACGGCAUUGUGGUACAGAACAGUACAGGUGUCAAAUAUCAGCUUACCAUUACUGAGGAGAACAAUGACAAGUACAGCUGUGAAGUGAAGAAAGAGAAUGGUUUUGACAAGAAAGAAAUCCGUCUUGUCAUUGAAAGUGAGUUUUUUCACAAACGAAUUAAGUGGGGUGAGUUUUUAAAGAAACUGUGGUGCCUCUUCAGUGGGGAGUAUUACUGAGUAUUACUGAGAUGACUUGGUUUUGCUCUUCGCAGAGCGAAACCUUUCUCCCUGACGAAGGGCUAACCCUCCAAACGUCAGCUUUAAAAACCCAUUACGGUGGAAAAUUUUCAUUGUCAACUCAGUUGAUAAAACUAAACUAUUAAUUUACAAACAAUUGAUUCUCAAAUCAGUCUGGCGUAGAGAAAAAUAUACUGCACAUUUGCAAAGUUUGCCUAAUUGCAUAAAAAAUGAGCAACUCUAAACGCUCUCUAAACUUUUAAGCUGAAGGACUGCCGCAAUAGUUUUAUUGACCAGGAGCCAAUGUAUGAAGCGUUCACGAGAUAACUAGAUGGCAGCUAUCAUUUCAGAGUACUUCAAUGCACACACUCAGAGAGUACCACCAAAGAGCCUCACAACAAAGAAACGUUAGUACAUUCAUAUCGUCUUGCUUUAUUCAAGGGUGCCCAAAUACCUGUCGAUGUACAAUUGCAGUUGGAAUCAUGGACGCAGCUACUUGCAUUGAAUGUCGAGGAAAACACUUACAGUCAGUUCCACGGCACUUACCCUUUACUACAGCGAAAUUGUAAGCGUUUCAACUCUUCUACUUUCUCUAGGCGGGGGUGUGGGGGAUGGGAAAUAAUAAAAAGCAAUGCACAAGACGUAAGAUGUUCAAUCUAACCCUAGAAAAAUAUCCCCAUUUUAAAGAAAAAAAACCAAAUAGAGCAGCCAUCACCUGAAGACUUCCAUAACAACUCGCCUUUGGUCUUACUGUAAGAGACUAAUGUUAUACUUUUGUCGCUAUUGGCGAUUGAUGUGCUAAGAGUUAACACUGUUUACCGAUACAGGGGUGAUAUUGUCUUAUGUGAUGGUUUGAAAUAGUUUUAAUACUUUCAGGUGGUUACAAAAUAACAAGAUCAAGAAGCUGCGAGGUGACUCAUUUUCUCAGUUAGUCAGGCUGCGAGAGCUGUAAGUGAAACGUAGCAUUCUUAUAUCGGUUAUUUUACAUGUUUAGGUUUACGAUGUGGAAUCCAUCCUGCAGAUACUAAGAGACUUCCAUAUCCGCAUUGCACACAAACCAAUCACAGGGGAGCCAUAUUGUUAACUACUAACUCAGUCAGUCAGCUUUUUUCACAAAAAAACUAGUUAAGGUAAUUUUUUGCCAUCUUUUCUCCCUGAGAGUUAAGCAAGUUAGUAACUUUCAUCAGAUUUAGUCCAUUGCUAGUAAGACAAAGUGUUUCUUUAUACUGCAAACUGGUUAAUUGACUGAUGUACAAGUUCUCUUCGAAAAGCUCUAAAGCAACAAAAUAAAUCAAACGCAAAACUACCUGAAAAGUAAAGAUAAAAUUGGAAAAAUAUAGCAGAAAUAGCCGAGAAAACGUUGAAAAAUCAGUUUACAUUAUACGUGAAUCUUGUCGUAGAAUCUUAAAUGGAAACCAGAUAGAGAGGCUACCGGCUGAAGUCUUCAAAAACAACUCCGAGUUGGCCUUCUUAUGAGUAACCAGUAAAUGUUUAAUGUAUUAUUGGUUUGGUCUCGAUUCAACCGCCAUUUGCGUAGAUUUAUGUCAUUUACUAACUUUGUGAGGAAAGGUUUUCUAGCCGAAUGGUUUUUGUUAUCUGACUGGAGGGCAUUUCAAAAAUGCCCAACUAAAAUCCAUAAUGUAUCCUUUUUGUAGGAGCUUAAGAGGGAACCAGAUAGAGGAGCUACCAGCGGGAGUUUUCAGUAACAACAACAAGUUGCUCAACUUGUGAGUAGGAAGACUUUAGAAGUAUUUUUACUGUCAUAUCCUUCUACAAAUCCUUGUUAAUUCUCAAAUACUCAAAUACUAUUGUACGCUACUAAUGAGUCCAGCCACAAUCGUGUUGAGAGAGGAAACUUACCUCUUAGUUCAUUUUCUAGAGUACCAUAAUAUAUAUUUUUCAGCGACUGGAGAAGGUCCCACCACUUUUAUAGAGACGAUAAGCAAACCACGACGGCGACGGCGACGGCAACGGGGACAUGGAAAAACAAUAGCUCAGCACGUGCCUUUUAAGAAAUUGACAUUUCUUAGCCGUCCUAUGCAAAACAACAACGUGAAAUCCCCACAGAGAAGUCAUUUUUUUUUAAUACUGCAAACAUGUUAACUGACUGAUGUAUAAUUUCUCUCCGGAAAUUUCAAAGUAACGAAAUUAAUCCAACGCAAAACUACCAGAAAAAUGAUGAUAAAAUGGCAGAAACAGCAACGAAAACGUUGAAAACGUUGUUUCUAAAUUCAGUCCUUGAGGACUGAGACUGGACCUUACUUAUGUUGAUAUAAAUCAAUUUGUUCAAUCACGUUCAAGAUUAUAUUAAAAGCGUUUGUUUGACCCGGACACGGCACAAAUAAACUGUAUUCCGACCGGAAAAAGUACGCAAUAGCAGCAACACACAAGAGGUAGUAUAAUUUUAACUUAAGUCAUGGAAUAUCUCUUCUUAGGUCCUUGGGUUAUAACCAGAUAAAGGAGCUACCACCUGGAGUCUUCAGUAAUAACACUAAGUUGAUCGAACUGUAAGUAACAGAUGUCCACGCCCAUUCUAUAUUUUAACCUUCGAUGUGCUAAGAGUGUGUAAUGUGUAAGUGUUUACUUAAUAUGAUCCUCCUCAAGCUUAGUGAUUUCAACGCCUAUUUUUGAUAUUAACCUUCGAUAGGAUACGAGUGUAAUGUCAGUGGUUACUUAAUAUGAUCAAGACAGUACUCAAGCUGAGUGGGUGUAGUCAACCAUGAAGAGAACCGAAAGAGAGUAGGACUGUUUGUAUUUGGACAGUUUAAUUAAUGAUUAUUUCCUGGCAUAUGUCGGUGGUCCUCGUUUCGUAAAUCCUAUUUUAUAUUCCCUUGCUAACGAUGUUUUAUCAGUUUGUAUAAGCGUGGCCAGUAUGUAGAGGGAGGUACUUUCACGCGUUUCCUCUCAAAAGAACAGGUCUCGCACUCUGCAUUUCUUUUUACACCAGUACUGCAAUAGAACGUGAAUAGGAUUUAUACAUUUUCACGUAUUGGUGAUGCAAAGUUUCCAAAACUUACAGGUGGUUAAACGGCAACAAGUUGAUGAAUUUGCCAGGCGACUUAUUUUCCCAAUUAGUCAAGCUGCGGUGGCUGUAAGUGAAAAUUCUUCCUUACAUAUAAACUAUUUCAAGUGUCACAAGACUCCCUUUCAAUUAAUCGCUGAUUAACAUAAUACUGAUCGUAUUUGGACAGAGAGAGAGAGCUUUUGCUCAAGUUUGAGCGGUCUUCUCAAAAGGACAGAACUCUGGGAAAAAGUUUGAAGUUAAUUCCCGUCGAUAGACGUAUUUUGCGAACAUUUUGGGUCUUUCAAUAUUGAGACGUUUUACUACAUUUUUGUUCAAUCAAGGGACUUCACUUCUCUAUUCGAAUAAUAUUUAUACUUUAUGCACAACUCUUAACUCAGUCGCUUAUCAGCUUAUCUCUAAGAAUCCUCUCUCCUCGGUACAAAGAUUGAUAAAUUAUACCUCAUUCCCGCUUCUCCACUACCUACCUUUUUCUCCGUAGCGCAUCAAACUAUAAAGCCGUCACAAAAUAUUAUGACUUCAACAUGCAAAGUGGGUAUAAACUUAGCCGCAUGCAAAACGGGUUAACAACAUCACAUGGUGGAAUGCUUUACAUUAGCAGCAUGACACAAAUAGAAACCGAUAGGAGAUGUCGAACUGAACACAAACGAGCGGCAGGAAUAAAAAAAGUUAUAGUUAUGUGAACGAUCACAAAAUCCUUUAUUAAAAAGUGCUACUGCCCGAGUCACUGCUCCAUGCUUAACCUGCAGUGAUAAUUAUUUUUUUUAACACUGACUAAAUCUGGAAAAAUGGGUUAAACUAAUUAAAAAUAGACAUUAGAUUCAGGGUAUAUCCUUUUUGAAGGUACUUGUUUGGUAACCAAAUCAAAGAGCUGCCACCAGGAGUCUUCGUCAUGAAUACCAAGUUGACUCGCCUGUGAGUAAGCCAUAACAGGUUUAUAUUCGAAAUUAUUUAAACUGUAUUAUUUCAAUGUAUUGCAUUUAUCACAACACUCACUUGUAAGCAGCUCAAAAAACUGAAUGUUCAAAGAGACGCAAUUAAAGUAACGUUAGAGAGCACAAAACCCUACCAUUUGUAGAGAAGGUUUUCAAUCCCAUCACCUCCUCAAAAGACUUAUUAAAACCAUUCGAGUGCAAAGUAAUGGUGUCUACAGCUGAGUCUUAAAACCUACAUUUUUCGAUGCCACACAAAAUCUAAAUGUGUUAACUACACAAAAGUAAUCAGACUUAAGUCUACUCUUUUCUCAGUCGCACAACAGAUUUAGCUCCUGGAAUCCCUCUUCCGAGGUUCAAAAAUAGACAAGUCUUAAGUUCUUCCAUACCGUUCCCCUUACCCCUCUUUGACCCCUGAUAACCCUUCACUAUCUGCGUGGCACACAAAACUAUAAAACCGUCAUGACGUGAAACUGUAAACCGAGUUGAAACCUAUAUCCUGGCAAAACUGGGGUAAAACAUCACAUGGUCGACUGCCUUAGGUUGGCAAGAAAGGUAGGAACCUGUAGGACUGGUACGACUGAACACAAACAAGAGGCAAGAAUCAAAACAGUUUAUGGUGAUGUGAACAUUUUCAUUAAAAAAAAAACACACUAUUAACUGUUUGAACCUGGAAUUCUAGGUCUUAGUAGCCCAGAAUAGACUUCACUGAAGAUAAAAAUCAAUGUAUUCUUCUCGCAGGUACUUGGAUGGCAACCAAAUAGGAGCACUACCAGCUGGAGUCUUCACCUACAACACCAAGUUGACUCGCCUGUAAUAAACACAUUUAUAGAAUCACAUUUGAAAAUUUUGACUACUUGUUUAUUGCACGUUCAUUUGCAAACAGCUUACAUAUUUGCACCCAUACUACGGAAAGAGUAAAAAAUCGGGGAUCUAAAUCUAAUUGUUUCAAGUCAUAUUUUUGCCUAGUAUAAUUUUUGUAUCAAGGAUCGUCUUUCCAAUGUUAUUUUAUCUAAACACUUUACUGAACGAAAGAAAAACACCUUCUAACUUCAAAUAACGGUUUUGAAUUUUGAAAAAGAACGGCGGGCCAAGAUGGAGAAUUAAAGGAAUUUAAACUACAAGGAUAAAGCUUUAAGAUGAACCUCUUAAAAAGACAUAUUGUAACUAUUCGAGUGCAAAGUAAUGAUGGUGAUAACAACUUAACCUUAAAUCUUACAUUUACCGAUGCCACACAAAACCUAGAUAAGUAAACUACAGAAAAGUAAUCCAGAGCAACACACGAGGGACCUUUAACUCCCUACGAAUAUAUGAAUAUAUAUAGACUUAAAAGUGGCAAUCAUCACAUAUCAAGUUAUUAUCAUGUAUCAAAAUAUCAUUUUAAACACUAUUUCAACCUGGAAAUCUGGGUCGUAAUAGCCCAGAAUAGAUAAAAAACAAUAUAUACUUCUCGUAGGGAGUUGGAUGGCAACCAAAUAGGAGCACUUCCACCUGGAGUCUUCACUUACAACGCCGAGUUGACUCACCUGUGAGCAGUAAAUUAAAAUCCUUAGAUUGCAUCGAUUAUCCAUACAUUCGCCUCAUUUAUUAGACAUCGGCAAAGUUUCUUCAAGCUCAAUUCAUGGUGAGUAACAGACGGUCGUUGGUGGCUUUAAAAGCCAGUUGACUUAUUAAAGUCAUUGGUCAAGCCGAAGCUGCUUUGGGCGCAAAACUUCAUUCUCAUGAUCACUUUGUACAACCCUUCAACAAGGUGCACUGACAGUGGAAUAGUUCAUUUAAUUAAGUGGCAAAGCAAGAAUGAACAUAGCUAUUUCCAGACGAAAGACAAAGGUUACGUUUAUCCUAACCGGCUAUCGUGAUGUGCUCAGUCCCGUUAUUUGUUGAUUAUAAGCGAACGUUCAAAGAGCGUCUUCAACCACAAGGUAAAUAAAAUAUAAUUAGGGUCGCUUGUAAAGUAGCAUGGUGAAGUGAUCCUCACGUUAAGGCAUUGAGCAGACUUGAAGAAACCUUAACAUAAGCCUAACUUGUAUUUUUACUUGUACAUGAUAGAAUGUGAACUUUUGCUUAAAAAAUUUCCAAGUAAGCCUACUGUUGUUUUUUAAGUUCAAUUGUUCAGGACUGAGAUUGUACGACACUUAAAGUGUUGAUAUAUAUAAAUUUGUUCAAUCACAUUCAAAAUAACAUUAAACGCGUUCAUUUGAUUCGGGCACGGCACGAAUAAAUUGUAUUCCGAACGAAAAAAGUAUUCAACAGUAGCAGCACACAAGAGGUAAUAUAAUUUUAAAUAAAAUUACGGAAAAAAUCUAAUCUUAGGGCCUUGAAUAACAACCGGAUAAUGGAACUACCACCAAGAGUCUUCAAUAAUAACACUGAGUUGAUCGAACUGUAA